GCAUGCGCGUUCUCAGCGGGGGGACGACGGCUGUAGGAGCGCUUCGGAGUACGGCUUCGCGGAAGGGCGGGGAGCUCGGUCUGCUCGAGGUGGCGGGUCGGUUGGGAGAGCGCGGCUCGGCGCGAGGCAUGGCGGAGGCGGCCCCGCCAAACUCAGGUGUCUUAAAUCCAGAUGCAACUGAUUUUGUUCCAAGAGAAAGACAGAUUUUCAAUUCAACUUGGAGCAACCAAUCCAGGCUGGGAUUUGAUUGUGAUUCAAGCAGAAAUUCUUUACCUUCUUCUGUUCAACCUAGACAUAGUAAAUGUGAAGAUUCAGUUACAGAUCGUAAUGCUUUCUACAGCCCGGAAAGCCAGCAUGGAUGUCAGCCAAAUUCUUCACGGUUUUAUAGUAUCGGUAAAACUAAAAGCAAUAGCUUACACGGUCAGCGGUGGCAACGAUCAAGGAACGAUCGAUCACAUGGGAAAAAUCAAAUGAAGCAAAUACCUGUAGGGAGCACAGAGGAUUCUCCGUGUUUAAACACUAGAUUAGUUGUAGGGCGUCGGAUGAAUCAUAGACAAUACAGCGAUUUGUCUUCAGACAGUGAGAAAGAAGCUGCUACUGCAAAUAACAGAGGAGCAAAGCCGAAGAAGACAUAUCUGAUGCAUUCACGUGGAAGAGGGUUGAAAGAAAAAGAGAAACACUCAUCUGAAAGAGAGAAAAGGAUACCAACUAAGUGGAAGGACAAGGCUUUUGAAAAUAUUCCAGCAGUAGAUCUGACCCAAUCAGAUUCAUCUGAAACAUCUGUUGGAAAAACGGUAUCUGAUGGCUUUUCUGACAAUAGCAUUGCAAGAAGAAAAUACCCUUUUGCAAACAGGCAUUUCAGGGAACCUGCCUGGAAUAAAGAAAUUGGCAAAAAACAAGAUACACCCAGAAGUAGAAACGCAAAACACGUUAAGAAUGCAUCCCUUCCACAUCCUCCCAGAGAACGCGCCAGUGAGAAGAGGAAAGAAUCUGUGCUGCAAGAAAGAGGUCCAAACUUAGUGACCGCAGCAGAGAAACAGCCGUUCUGUGAAGCAACUACACGUGAUGGGAGGAAACCACUUCUUCAAGAAGGGUAUAAGAACAGGCGCUGGAAAAAGCCAAACGAUGCACCAAAGAGCAAAGAAACUCAUACAGGGUCUCUGAUAGAGCAACUUACCUCAGAAAAAUACGAAUGCAUGGUUUGUUGUGAGGUGAUCCGUGUGGUAGCCCCAGUUUGGAGCUGCCAAAAUUGCUACCAUGUUUUCCACUUAAGCUGCAUUAAGAAGUGGGCAAGAUCUCCUGCAGCACAGACGGACGAUGGUAACAGUGGCUGGCGAUGCCCUGCGUGUCAAAAUGUUUCAUCACAAGUUCCUAGUAUUUAUACCUGUUUUUGUGGCCGGGUAAAAAAUCCUGAAUGGAAUAGAAAUGAAAUACCACAUAGUUGUGGAGAAUUGUGUAGAAAGAAAAGAACAGCUCAAGAUUGUCCACAUUUAUGUAAUAUUCUUUGUCAUCCAGGACCUUGCCCAUCAUGCCCUGCUUUUAUGACCAAAAAAUGUGAAUGUGGACGUACAAGCCAUUCAGUUCGCUGUGGGUAUUCUACUGCAAUUCAGUGUACUAAUAUAUGUGGGAAUGUUUUGAAUUGUGGUAAGCAUAACUGUACCCAGAUAUGCCAUUCAGGAAAAUGCUUGCCAUGUGAAUUGACUAUAAAGCAAGUAUGUUACUGUGGGAGCACCUCUCGAGAAGUGUUAUGUGGAGCAAGUGAAGAUUGGUUUUCAUGCCUGAGAACUUGUGGGAAAAAAUUAUCCUGUGGAAUGCAUAGCUGUGAACAAGUGUGCCAUCCGCAGCCCUGCCAGCCUUGCCCACGGCUUCCACAAAUAGUGCACUGUUGUCCUUGUGGACAGACUUCUCUUAGUAAAUUACUAGAGUUGGGGUGCCCGGAACGUAAACUCUGCACAGAUCCUAUCCCAUCAUGUGGAAGAACGUGUGGAAAACCUUUACCUUGUAGUAGCUAUGAUGCUGUGCAUACAUGUGAAAAUCUCUGCCAUGAAGGUGAAUGUGGGCAGUGUUCUCGCACAUCAAAGAUCUACUGCAGAUGUGCCUUAAAAUUAAAGGAAGUUCCAUGUGCCUCUCUCAAAAAUCAAGUUAAAGUUCCAUUUUUAUGUGACAAAAGAUGCAACAAGAAAUUGUCAUGCGGACGACACAAAUGCAGUGAAACAUGCUGUGUGGAUAAGGAGCACAAGUGCUCUUUGAUUUGUGGACGUAAACUGAAUUGUGGUAUCCACAGAUGUGAGGAACCCUGUCACCGUGGCAAUUGUCAAAAGUGUUGGCAGACCAGUUUUGAGGAACUAACUUGUUAUUGUGGUGGGUCAGUGAUUUAUCCCCCAGUACCUUGUGGUACUCGACCACCAGAAUGUAAAAAUCCAUGUACCAGGCCUCAUGAAUGUGAUCAUCCAGUAUAUCAUUCCUGUCACAGUGAAGAUAAAUGUCCACCAUGCACAUACCUUGUUCAGAAAUGGUGUAUGGGAAGACAUGAAUUACGGAGCAAUAUCCCUUGUUACCUCACUGAUAUUUCUUGCGGUCUUUCCUGCGAUCGAAUGUUAAAAUGUGGAAUGCACAAAUGUAAAAGGAUCUGUCACAAGGGGGAGUGCCUCAUAGAUGAAGAAUGUAGACAGCCAUGCACUAUUCUUAGACUUCACUGUAAUCAUCCAUGUAUGUCUCCAUGCCAUCCAUCUUUACCUUGUCCUACAACUUCUUGCCGUUCAAAGGUUGAGCUUCAGUGUGAGUGUGGAAGAAAAAAGGAGACUAUGAUUUGCUCAGAAGCAGCAAGUACUUAUCAAAGAAUAGCUGCAAUAUCGAUUGCCUCUAAAUUAACAGAUCCCCAACUUGGAGAUUCAGUAGAGAUAAGUAGAUUGAUUACCAAAAAAGAAAUGAAGCAAACCAGGUUGCAGUGUGAUGAAGAAUGCUUGGCUCUUGAAAGAAACAGACGGUUUGCCGAGGCUCUUCACAUAGAUGACAAUUCUGAUCCAUUCAAUGUUCGUUCCUCUGCACCCAAGUACAGUGAGGUUUUGAAAGAGGAUGGAAGAAAAGAUUUAAAGUUUGUCAGUGAAGUUGAGAAAGAAAUGAAAGCUCUUAUAGAAGCAGUCAAUAAGAGCAAGCAUACAAAGAAGAGCCAUUGUUUUCCACCCAUGAACCGAGAACACCGUAGAAUCAUCCACGAACUUGCUCAAGCUUACGGCAUUGAGAGUGUGAGCUAUGAUAACGAACCAAAGCGCAAUGUUGUUAUCAGUGCGGUGAAAGGGAAAUCAGUUUGCCCAACAGUUACUCUGACAUCACUACUUACGAAGGAGAAGCAGACCAGGCCUCCCCCACCUAUUCCUCAUCACAAGCAAUCAGAAAAGCCUGGGAAUAGCAGCACAGAGAGACGGUUCAAAGAAGAGACCGUUAUUGACUAUUUUGAUGUACAAGACUGAUGAGAUUAACAUGGGAUUGCACUGUUGAAAAUUGGAAAUGAAAUUACAAAUGUGUUCAGGAUAAUUUUUGUCAAAAUAUAUUGUUUUAUAUAUAUUUGAAGUUU